UCAAGGACACGUCGAAAAGUUCGUGUAAGCAUGGCAGCGGAACAUGCACCGGCUGCAGCAGCCACUGCUGAGGGACCUGAGAUCCGACGCUCUAGAACCCCUUCAAUCACGUGGGCUGACGAGAUAAGCCCUGAUAUGAUUGCGGAGUACUUUCCUGCUGAAGACCAACCGGAACCAACCAAACAUAGGGCGUGGUACAUUGCCCCGCUGGUUGCAUUAGCCCUCGCGUGUCUCGGACUGCUGUGCAUUGGCGCUGUUUACUACGCAUUCUCGAAUUCCGGAGACAAAGAUGACGAUGCCGCCGAACCGGGUGCCAUGGGUGCCAAUAAAAGCGCCGAGAUUCAGCUAGGACAUGCGACACCUAGUGACGCAUCCGCCACCACGGUAUCGUCUAGCGCCGACGCAAGCCAACGCAAAUCGAGACAUCUAUAUGAUGCUGACUUCCCCCUCCUUUGUACUAUGGGCGCCCAUGGGGUCUUGCCUGAACAGUACGCAUAUGAUGACCUCUGCGACUUCGUCUAUUAUACGCACGUUGCCUUCGACUCGGGAAGGAAGGACUUUGGCUCCACCAACGGCGACGCAUCUUUCGAUAUGUUCAAGCGGAGGGCAUCUGUAUCUCACAACAAAUCUUACGGCAUGUCCUUCCACGCUGAUUUCUUAGCAGACGUGACGGCUACCUUACGCACUGAUUUUGGCAAGCAUAUUUUCAAGACACACUUUGAAGGCAACAUCCGACAUCACGGCAUACUGAAUAUAAGAGGCAGCAUUGCUCAGCUGGAUCACUACCGAGGCGAUAUACUAUCAACUAUCAGUACGAUCAAUACAUUCCAGCGAGAGCACAGCCAGAGUUGGCCAGUCUCGCACAAUUACAUCGCCAUAGGGGUCGAGCUGACGCUACAGGCCGAACUGCCGAGGCUCCACGGGUAUCUCAAGCAACUGGCUGAGAGCCCAGCAAAUAUUCUGGUGGCGUGUACACACGUCUCGAGUUGGAAUAGCUGGGAAACUAGAGGGACAGCUGGUGCCACAAUGUGGAAGAAUUCUAGGGAUAUCGAUCAACCUGACAUUUCAUCGACCUUAGGUGAACUGGUGACUGUCUUAUCUCCGACAUACACUUUAAUGGUGUCUUUCGUCAUGGGAGUGACUUCUUUCGAGCUGCCGGAUAGCUGGGGCAACGUCACCAGCAGAGACAGCACUAGCCUGGAAAAGCCAACCAAUUCUUCUGUUGUGGGAUAUGCAGAGGUCUGUGAGCUUCCGCAAAUUCAAAUAGUGCAGCCUGAGGAAUUUGCCAUCGUCGGAAAGAAAGACCGUCAUCAGCAAUUCAUAUUCGACAGCACGGAAACAAUAUUAACAAAGGUGCGAUAUACAUUGCUCGUCUUGGGGAAGAAGAUUGAAAAGUUGAAUUUCGGCUUGGCUGUUUUCGAUAUGGACCUCGAAGACUACAACGGCACUUGUAGCCCCAGUGCAAUACGAUUCGAGCGACUGGCGGCCAUGCGGAGGGAGGUCGACCGCCUCUCUAUUCCUCCAGAGUCCCCACAGGAUGGAACGGACGCCUGAAAGAGAUGUUCACCUGCGUUGUGUGGCAUCGCUCGCGCCAUGAUAGAUCAAUUCCCCGAGUGGAUAACGCUACACAAUACUACAGUAGUAAACCAUAACGAACAAAUAUGAA